AUGCCCAUGAUCACGCGUGGGCGUAAACGCAAAUCCACUUCUGACGAUGAAUCGAAUACUCUGACACCAUCCAAACCCUCAUCCAAACGACGCAUCAUUGCUUCCACAUCUCCUUGGCGAUCUUCUCGUGUAGCAGCUGCAGCAGCAACAGCGACACCAACAACCGAAGCAGCAGCGACAGCCAGCAAACCUACAACAAAUACCACUGCCACAACAACUGUAAAGCCAAAGAAGAAAACAACUUCAACAACCAUAAGGAUACCAUCAAGGCAGCAACAACAGCCAUCAAAACAGCAACAACAACAACAGGAUACUUCUUCUAAAAGCAGUGAAACGGCACGUUUUCAGGUCAAUGAAGAACGACAUAAAAAGCGCGUCAAAGGAGUUCAUACAAAGAGAGGACAUAGUACGAGCAGCAAACACAGUGAGCAGCAACAACAACGAAAACGAAGGCGGCAACAAGAUAACGACAAAGAGCUUCAUUCAUCGCCAGCACAAGAUGAUAGCGACAAAAUUCUCCGCACCUUUGGAAACAAGCUCACUGAAGCCGAGGCAAAAACGAAGCGAGGGACGCCUUCAGAUACUGAUAAGCAUCGCUUUGACCGAUCCGGCAAUGUUAUGUCAAAGAUCCAUCAGAAUGCAGAAUCAGCACCAACGGAUAUGCCUAGGAUUGAAAAGAUACGCAUCGGCAACUACUUGAUCAAGACUUGGUUUGUGGCGCCCUAUCCAGAAGAAUACAGCCAGUAUCCCACCCUAUUCUUUUGUGAAUUCUGCUUAAAGUACAUGCACAGUGAAUUUGUCGCUGGUCGACACAAGAGGAAAUGCCCUUUUCGACAUCCACCUGGUGACGAGAUUUAUCGUGAUGGAGCAAUAUCAAUAUUUGAGGUGGAUGGUAGAAAGAAUAAGAUUUACUGCCAAAAUCUCUGUUUGCUGGGCAAGAUGUUUAUCGAUCACAAGACGCUCUACUAUGAUGUUGAACCAUUCCUAUUCUAUGUCAUGACGGAGGUCGAUGAUAAUGGAUGCCACCUCGUGGGUUAUUUCUCAAAGGAAAAACGAUCGGUCAUGAACUACAACGUAUCAUGUAUUCUUACGCUCCCAGUACAUCAGCGGAAAGGCUAUGGACAAUACCUCAUUGAUUUCAGCUACCUGCUAACAAAAAAGGAGGAGACCACAGGAUCACCCGAAAAGCCGUUGUCAAAUCUUGGAUUGCUGAGUUACCGCAAGUACUGGAAAACGACGAUCUUUAAGGAGCUUGACCGCCAAGACACACCCGUUAGUAUUGAAGAGUUGAGCCACCGAACAGCCAUGACUGUGGAUGAUGUGAUUACGACUUUGGAGCUCUUGGGGAUGUUGAAGGAGAAUGAAACCAACCAGUAUUAUCUGCAAGUCGAUCAUGAUAUUAUCAGGCAGCAUUUGAAACAAAUCGACCAUCGAGGUUAUCCAGAAGUUGAUCCUGUAAAGUUGACGUGGACACCCUAUGCAUUGUCUCGUGAUCGCCUUGCUGCUUUAACGAAUCCAGAAACAAAUACAACAACAACAACAACAACGACCCCUGCUCAAUCAUCUAAUGAACCUACCCCUCGCUAA